GGCUUUAAUAUUUAUUUAAAAAGCUUAUUUCCGCAUUUUAAAAAAUUACGAUACCCACAAAAUUCCCUCAAGACAAGCCUCAUAUUAUCAAGUAAAAUCCAGCAAACUUUUCAAAUGCAGUUGGAGCAGUCGAGGAAAACAUAAUGCAGCAUGAAAACAAAUCAGUCACAGGGGAUUAAAGAGGUGCAUAACACCUGGAUGUCAUGGGUGCUGGGUGUCCCGUCUGAUCUGCCCGGACUAUAAGAAGCUUCUGACUCCUCCUCAGCUGUCAGCAUCAGUGGAGGCCGAGCAGCAGAUGUGUGAGUCUCUGUUUGUGCAGUUAUGGCUCUGUUCAUGGACUCGGACUUGUCUUUACUCAAGCAGAACCAGCAGAAGGACCUGGUGGACCUGAAGGCGUUAUUUGGAGAACAGGAGCACUGCAAAGAUGGCUGCAGUGGGAGCACCGUGUCCUCCCCGGAGCCAGACCGAGCUGGCGGCCUGGUGGAGGGUCAGAGGAAGAGGAAGAGGACCAUCUUCAGCCGGGCCCAGCUGUCGGAGCUGGAGCAGGCCUUCGCUGUGACCCCCUACCCAGACAUCACCCUCAGGGAGAGGCUGGCUGCUCACACCCACCUGCCCGAGAGCAAGAUCCAGGUUUGGUUCCAAAACAGAAGAGCUAGAAGUAUCAAGACUGGCAGACCCCCCAAGUCCAGCAAGCCUGUGCUGGGAGGUAGAGGCUUUGUGGAGCCCUCUCCUGGUCCUGUGGCUUCCACAUACCCGGCCCCACCCUCUCUGGCAGACAUUUUCAGGCCAGAGCAGAACCACUCCUGUGAGGAUGUACCUCAGAUUUACUCUGACUGGAUCCAGAUCUACAGCAACCCUGUAUCGCCAUCCUCCUCCUCCUCGACCCUCCACCAGCAGCAGCCCGUUCGCAGCUGCUCCAAAUCCUCAGAGUCUCGUCUCUGGGAGGAGGAGCAGCACCGGCAGCAGCACCUGGGACCAACGCUCACCGGUUUCCUUCCCGGUUCAUUUUCUCAGCCCAUCACCAGGCAGCCUCACCACCCUGCCACCACCCGCUCCUACCAGGCCUUCAGGAACUUCAAGCCCCAGAGCCUGGCUUCAUCUGGGGCUCAUCAGGGCAUGUAUGGAGGCAGCACUGGAGGUGGAGGUCAUGCCUCGGUAGACCAGGUGGUCCCUUCCCACCCUCAGCCGGUAUACUGGGAGGUAACUCAAGGUCAGGGACACCACCACCAUCAUCAUCAUCACCCACAGAUGGGACCACAGACCUCCAUGGGCUACAUCUCAGACCUGAUCUACAACGCUGCGAUUGUUACAAAUUUUCUAGAAUUCUGAUGCCUCUGGAUGAAGAUCAUAGACUAUAUUAAUACUGAAUAUUGUUGCAAUCAAGGUUCCUAUUUCUGUCAGAUCCCUUUGUAUUUCACUUUACAGCACUUUCUGUGUCUAUGUGUUUUCGGAGCUAACUGUAUGACUGCAGCCUAAGACUGUAGUCUAUUAUACUGUAGCAGAGUAUAGUUGUUGUGAUGUUGUUCCUUGUCCUACUUUUUUAUGUUUUAUGUUUUCAGCAAUGUGUUGUAAAUUUUAGGGAAUAAAUUGAGUU